ACCAAAAAUUAGGUCAUUGUAUUAAAAAGUAAUAAAGACACGAGGACGGAAGUCCGUGACGUCAUGAAAACAUAGAUAGAGGCGGAGGGAAAGUAGUCCCUUCGUGGAUGUGACACGCUUACAAAUACACAGAAAACACCCAGAGAGCAGGAAACAUGAUCCGGAUCCAGCGCCGUCACUAGUCCGCUAGAUUCACCAGGAAAUCGGUCUGUUUUUCGGAUAUUUCUCUCCCUCAUCGAGGCAGCAGCACCAUGGUGAAGAAGUCCGACCGAGCCCCGCUGCUGGACUGGGAGGAGACCAACCAGCCGGCCCCGCCGCCGCAGACCGACGCCCCGGCCGAGAGAAGUUCGCAGCCCGCCGGCAGAGGGACUCCUGCAGGCUCCGCGGCUGGAGCUGGGUGGAGCAGUAACGGGAACAGCACGGCCGCCAUCAGCUGCAGCCCGGCGGGGAAUGUGACAGCUCCCGGUACGGAGCGUGAUGUUCCGUUUAACGGCCUCUCCGUGAAGGGCCAGUGGGAGGAGAAGGACCAGAUCGUGGCUGUGUUUGUUGUCACCUUUGAUACCAGAUCAGGGAACAUGGUGGAGUGGUGUCUGCCUCACGACAUCAACCUAGACGGAGUUGAAUUCAAAUCGAUGGCGAGCGGUUCCCACCGGAUCACGAACGACUUCAUAUAUUUCCGUAAAGGCUGUUACUUUGGGCUGGCCUGCUUUGCGAACAUGCCUGUGGAGAGCGAGCUGGAGCGAGGAGCCCGGAUGAAGUCGGUGGGGAUCCUGUCGCCCUCCUACACUGUGCUCUACCGCUACAUGCACUUCCUGGAGAACCAAGUCCGACAUCAGCUGCAGUGUCCCGGCCAGUACUCUCCUCUGGAGGCGUUCUAUGACGAUAAGAAGGCCGUGCUCCCUCCUGCAGGAAACGGUCUGGUCACCGCCUGCCCGACGUGGAGCGUCACCACCAUCAACCGCUGCAUGCACCCAGAAAUGAAGAUCACCCACCCCGCCGGCUGCAUGUCUCAGUUCAUCCAGUUCUUCGGGGAGCAGAUCAUGGUGCUGUGGAAGUUUGCUCUUCUUCGGAAACGGAUCCUCAUCUUCUCCCCUCCGCCUGUAGGCGUGGUCUGCUACAGAGUGUAUUGCUGUUGCUGCCUGGCGAAUGUCUCCUUACCUGGAGUCGGCAUCACGGUGCCUGAAUUACGGCCUUUCUUCUACAUCAACAUCGCCGACAUCGGUGCCCUGGAGACGGAGCUUUCAUACGUGGCCUGCACCACAGAGAAGAUUUUUGAGGAGAAGAAGAAUCUGUACGACGUUUACGUUGAUAACCAGAACGUGAAAACUCACAAAACCCACCUGCAGUCGCUGCUGCGAGUGAAUGCGGCAGAUAAGGAGAAGUACAGGAAGCUGAGCGAACAGAGGCAAAUGCUGCUGUACUCUCAGGAGGUGGAUGGAGACUGCACUUCAAAUGAAGAGGAUCUCUUCAUCCUAUUCUUCAUGGAGCUGAACAACCGGAUCUUCCAGACCCUAUCAGAGGUUGCAGGGAGCGCUGAUCCCACGCUGACCGAGGAGCACAUGAGCGCCAUGGGGCUGGACCCCCAGGCCGACCGCUCCUUCCUGCUCGACCUGCUGGAGGUGUACGGCAUCGACGUCACGCUGGUCAUAGACACUCUCUGCUGCCCCUGAAUUCCCCCCCCCUCAGCCUGAGUGAACACGGGUUAUUUGUGCCUUCUAGGCCCACUCCCACUCCCUCCCUCACAUUGAGACACUGAAGACACUGCCUCCACCCUGGGACCCCGUGGGUGUCUGUUUUCUUUCUGUGUGUCUCUAGUGACCGGUGGAGACUGUUUCCACUCAGCGUGGACGACACGGACACUAAUGUUGGUGCACACGUCCCACAGUGGCUGAUGAACACUCGCCUAUGAGACAGAGCCCGGGGCAGCGGCGUGCUCUUAUAACCGUCCACGUCCUUCAUCAUGUUUCAGAAAUCUUUGUUCACUAGUUGUGCUUUUUUUGACUGCUGAAGCACUGGAUAAACCACCUUAUUCUGGAUUAUGAUUGUCUGUUCUUCUCUGCACCGAUCACAGUGAAGACGUCACACAAACAUUCUCCCUCCUGCAGCUUUGGUGACACUCUGAAGAAAACAGUCAUGUUAUGUUGGUGAGUUUCUACUGCUGGAAAUGAACGUCAGUGCUUUAAAACCCUUUUUUAGCAGAUUCUAGCCUUCAUAAUGUGCAAAAAAAUCCUACAACAACAUGGAUAGUACUGAGGGAGUCUGGAAAUUAAAUGCUUUACUCACCUUUCCAAAAGGAAAAAGAAGCAAUAGAGGUCUGUAAAUGUUUAUUUGAAAUCAUCAGCAGCUUUUUCUUCAUGGGUGAAUAAGAGCAUCCUGUGGAAGCCAAUUUCUGCCAGUAAAACAGGAAUCUAUAGGAGAGCUAAGCAUUGAUGAAAAAGAGUUUAUUAGGAAUAAAAAGUUGAAAUUACUGCAGAAAAAGUCAUCAUCAGGGAAAAAAGGUUGCAGCUAUGGAAUUUAGAUAAUCAUGUAAUAAAAUGAAAAGACAAAAUUUGUGAAAAGGUUUAACUAUGGGAUUAAAAAUGGAAAUUAUGAUAUAAAAGCCUCAAUUAUGCUAUAAAAAGUAA